AUGUAUGAACAUAUGAGCAGCUCCAUAGCCUCUGGAGACACGUGUCCAUGUUUGCUAUACUCCGAGGACGUACUGGCUCCACCUCUGCCGCAUGAUCAUCCUCAUCACUUCCUACCUCCUCCGGCUCUAUUGAUGAGCCACCACUCGCUGUUUGCGGCUGAGACAGUUUCAGGGUUUGGUUAUUUUGAUUAUGGUAUGAACAGUGGCGGUGGAAGCAGCAGCUGUGACUCGCCGAGCUCGAUGGGGAGCGGCGGAGAGAGUCUUGUUAUGCAAAGGAGUGUGAGUAGCCAUAAUGGUUUUUCUGGUAAUUUACCCAUGACGGCCCAUGAUUUCGUUAACGAUCAUGAUGGGCCAGUGAGACGGGCCCAUAGCGCCGGAGAUCUACCCAGGAGUAGCAGAAGAGAGAGCAGUGCGGUGUUGAGUGAGAGCAAUGCAAUAAUAGAAGGAAUGAGCAAAGCUUAUAAGUAUAGUCCAGAGGAGAAGAAAGAGAAGAUCGAGAAAUAUCGCAGCAAACGAAACCUUAGGAAUUUUAACAAGAGGAUUAAGUAUGAAUGCAGGAAGACAUUAGCGGACAGUAGGCCAAGAAUAAGGGGGAGAUUUGCAAGGAAUGAUGAGAUUUCACAACAAGAACAAGUUGAUGUUAUUGAAGCCGUGGUUGGAGAUGUUGACACAUGGACAUCUUUUCUUGAUUCUUUCUCUGCGAAUCACUUCCUUAAUUACUGAUUAGUCUCUUAUAAUUAUAUUUAUGUUUUUAUUUUCUUAUUAAUGUUUAUAUGGCACUUUCAUUUGUUUUGGUUUGAAAGAUUUAUCCGUGUUGCCUAAACUCAUGUAGGUUUUGUGUGUUUUCU